AUGAAACGACGAAAUAUCAUCGAUAAUCGUUGCUACGCUGAUGACCUUUGUGGUUUAGUUAGUCCAUGCAAAAAUGAUGCAGUUUGUCGUGAUUUGUGGAAUAAGAGAGUAUGCGAAUGCAGGCCUGGCUAUACUGGCACUUUUUGUGAGAUACGAAUUGAUAGAUGUAAGAAUCAUAAUUGUAAAUUUGGCAUAUGCAUCAAUGAUGUUGAUGAAUAUAGCUGCGUAUGCUUACCAGGAUAUGAUGGAAAAUUUUGUGAUAAAGAAAUGAAUUUAUGUAAAUUAUCACCGUGUUUAAAUGGCGGAAACUGUACAAUGUCAAAGAGCAAAUAUAACUGUCAUUGUCCAAUUGAUUUUGUCGGAUCACGUUGUCAAGCACUUAAAUCAUCAAAAUGUAUUCCUUCACCGUGUGAAAAUGGAGCUAAUUGUACGAUAGUUCAGAAUACAUUCAAAUGUGAUUGUCCGCCACAUUUUGGUGGUAUACUUUGCGAUAUACAAAAAGAUAUGUGUGAAUUAAAUCCAUGCAAAAAUGGAGCAAUAUGUUUGUCAGAAAAUGGCGAUUUUAAAUGUAUAUGCGCUAAUGGUUAUGAAGGUCGAAUUUGUGAUGAAAUGAAAGAUUACUGUAAAGCAUUACCUUGUUUACAUGGACAUUGUAAAACAAUAAGUGACAAUUUUUUGUGUGAAUGUGACUCAGGUUGGAGCGGUGAACAUUGUGAUGUCGAUAUCAAUGAAUGUAUGCGAUUUCCUUGCGAAAAUGAUGGAGAUCGUUGUGAAAUAGCAGGCAGUUGUGUAGAAGGACCAUGUGGUGAUAACGGUGAUUGCAUACAGCUAACAUCAACAACACAUUCGUGUGUUUGUAGACGAGGAUAUACCGGUGAUAUAUGUGAUACAAUAAUUGAUUAUUGCAGUCCAAAUCCAUGCGAGAAUGGUGCUACCUGUCAAGGGUUUAUUGGUGAUUUCAAUUGCUCAUGCUUACCUGGUUUUACAG